GCCAGAACGACGCGAUCAUGUUGACUUCGCCCAUUGCGUCGGAAAGCCGAGGAAUAACCGGUGAGGAAUCCGGAAAGUACAACGCUAAAUUUCACAUGGAUAUUGAUGCUUUUGGGAGCCGUCAGCUGAAUUUAACUUCUUUCCACAGAGAUGCUAGCUAAACUGAAGUUUAUUUCUCAUAACCGGUGCUCUGGGUCAUCCAAGGAUGACAUUGGGCAAUGGCUUGGCUCCCUCUACAAGGAAAAUUGGGGCAAAGUGUACUAUGCAGGCUACUUAAUAGUCUCCUUUGCUUCGGCUAUUGCUCACGCUUAAAGCCUCUGGAAUUAUCAGCGUUUCUACGUGCACCUUGUUUCAUACGAAGUCACCCAUCUGCACUUUACUGUGGAUACACAUGUCGCUGUCUGAAGUCCGCGAAUCCGAUUCUCACUCAAGUUUGACGGCAUCGCCGUCGGUUGUUGCUACUUGUCAGUAUCCGGAAAAUACAAGUACCAAGGAACUGGAAUGGGAUGGACCCAAUGAUCCAGGCAAUCCUCGUAACUGGAGCAACCGAAGACGUUGGACCGUUACAUUGGUUGUCAGUCUUUUUACGUUCAUAAGCCCAGUGGCUUCAUCUAUAUCAUCCCCUGCAUUGCCUAUUAUCUCUGAUGCGCUCGAUAUCCCUCACGACUCGAUUUUGCAAAAUAUGUCACUCUCCAUUUUUGUCCUAGCAUAUGCACUUGGACCUUUAAUAUGGGGACCGAUGUCCGAAUUAUGUGGUCGUCUCAUAGUUCUACAGGUAUCUAAUAUCUGGUUCCUAGUGUUCAAUACCAUGUGCUCUAUCGCCAAGACACCUACACAAAUGUUAAUUUUCAGAUUCCUCGCCGGUUUCGGUGGUGCUGCUCCCCAGUCCGUCGGUGGUGGUGUUGUGGGUGAUCUUUGGUCCCCAGAGGAGAGGGGAAUGGCGAUGAGUCUUUACUCCCUUGCUCCAUUAGUCGGACCUUCCACCGGCCCUUUAGUUGGUGGAUGGAUAGCCUCACGGGUCCGGUGGGAGUGGGUCUUUUGGAGCGUCAGCAUCGCUGACGCUAUUCUACAAAUCGCGGGCUUCAUCUUCCUAGAAGAGACCUAUGUUCCAGAGCUGCAGAAGCGCAGGGCUCGCGCUCUCAGGAAGUCGACCGGCAAUGUCAUGAUUCGUUCGCGGUUCGAGCAGCCUAACCGACAUUGGACGAGUGUUAUGACCCAAGGAAUGAUUAAGCCGCUCAAGUUUCUGGCCACGGAACCUAUUGUACAGGUCUUUGCCCUGUAUAUGGCUGUCCUAUAUGGCGUGUUGUAUCUCAGUCUCUCGUCUUUCGUCAAGGUAUACACUGAUCAAUAUUACGAAAACACAGGAAUUGCGGGGUUGCACUACCUCGCAAUCGCCUUGGGAUCCACGGUCGGAGGACAAGUUGGUGCACGCGUCUUGAAUAAGAUUUACGCGCGACUGAAAGUCAAAAAUGGCGGGAUUGGCACCCCUGAAAUGAGAUUACCACUUUUGAUGGUUUCUGCGACGACACUUCCGAUUGGAUUGUUGAUAUACGGGUGGACCGCCAACGCACGUAUCUUUUGGAUUCUUCCUGACAUAGGCGUAUUUAUAUAUUCUAUCGGGAUCGGCGGCAACUGGACGUGCAUACAGACCUAUCUUGUGGAUAACUAUGCACUCCACGCUGCCAGUGCGAUCUCAGGAGUCUCGUCGUUCAGAGCCUUCGCUGGGUUUGGAUUUCCUCUCUUCGCUGACAAAAUGUACGAGAAACUUGGUGACGGCUGGGGUAACUCCAUCCUGGCUUUGAUUUGCUUGGUCAUUGGCUGCCCGGCGCCUUUUAUAUUCUAUAGAUAUGGUUCCCAGUUACGAGCGCAGAGCAAGGCAACUUCCGUCGAACAAUGAUAUCCUUUACUCACCAACCUGUAUUAUGUUUUCCCCUAAUUUACCACGGCGGGCUUCCGUUCCGCCUUUCUCUCACA